AUGCGGUGCCGGCUACAAGCACUUUUUCAGAGGAAAUUUAAAGCCAGCCUUCUCUUUCUCCUGCUCUUGGCCUUUCUGGUGCACCUGGCGAUGGAUUUGGAUUUCCCCACUGCACACAGAUCCUGUGGCUGCGAUGUGAAAGCAACGAAAGCCUCGGGCGCCCCAUCAGGCAGCCCUGUGCUGGCCAGCCCCAAAAAGCUGAGCCUGCGAAUCCUUCAGGACUUCAGUGGUAGCAAUGGCUCCUUGGAGAAGAGCUCCCAGCUUCAGGGAUCGAGACCACAAGCAAAGGCUGGAGAGCCAGGAAUGCGUCACCAGAGCAGAGAGGGGAAUACAAGGUGGGCUGAAGGAUCAAAGCUGGCGGCACUCUUUGCACAUCCUCUUUACAACAUCCCAAUCCCGGAGGUAAUGGAGAAGGACAAGCUGUUUGUUGUCAACCCCAUGGAAAAGUUCAGCCUCAGCCACAGUGGAAGUGAUGAAUGGGUCAGCAGCAGUAAAGCCGAGACGCUCCUUCCGACAGGGAAGACAGCCUAUGACACCUACCCUGCCUGGCUCAAAUUCCAUGUCGGCAUCAACCGCUACGAGCUGUACCCCCGCCAGGACCCCCUGAUGCCCACCAUCCUCCAGGACUUGGCCACACAGAGGAUUGUCAGCUCAGUGCAGAAGUCUGGCGGGACCCAGCUCAAGCUCAUCAUGACCUUCCCGAAUUAUGGGCAGGCCCUUUUCAAGCCCAUGAAGCAGACCAGGGACCAGGAGACCCCCAUCGACUUCUUCUAUUUCUCAGACUUUGAACGGCACAAUGCGGAGAUAGCAGCCUUCCACCUGGACAGGAUCCUGGAUUUCCGGCGAAUCCCCCCAGUUUCUGGCCGUUUAGUCAAUAUAACGAAGGAGAUUCGAGACAUCACCACAGAUAAGAAAUUGGCCAAGACUUUCUUCAUCUCCCCAGCGGGCAAUGUCUGCUUCUAUGGGGAGUGCUCCUACUACUGCUCCACUGAGCACGCCCUCUGUGGCAAGCCGGACCAGCUGGAGGGCUCCAUGGCUGCUCUGCUGCCGGACAAGACCUUGGCCAAGCGCCACUCCUGGCGCAGCCCUUGGCGCCGCUCCUACCACAAGAGCAAGAAGGCCGAGUGGGAGCUGAACCCCAAUUACUGUGCUCAGGUGCGAGAAACACCACCCUACGACAGGGGCCAUCGCCUCCUUGACCUCAUCGACAUGACAGUCCUCGACUUCCUUAUGGGCAACAUGGACCGACACCAUUAUGAGACCUUUGAGAAAUUUGGGAACGACACUUUCCUGCUCCAUCUGGACAACGGCCGUGGCUUUGGCACACACUCGCACGACGAAAUGUCCAUCCUGGCCCCUCUCCAGCAGUGCUGCAGCAUCAAGAAGUCGACCUACUUGCGGCUGCAGCUGCUGGCCACCCAGCCCUACCUCCUGAGUGAUGUACUGCGGGAGGCACUGGCUGCUGACCCCCUGACCCCCAUCCUAGCCGAGCCCCACCUGCAGGCACUGGACCGUCGCCUGGGGAAGGUGCUGGAAGUGGUGGCACACUGCCUGGCUGCGACAGCCCACCCGGAUGAGGUGCUGGUGGAUGAUGUGGGGUCAUAG